AUGGCAUCCCAUCAUCUCGCUAUCGCAAAGGCCUCUUUCUCUGCUGGUCUCUUACGUCCAGAUCCUACAUCAGUACACCGAGAUGAGAUCACCAUCUUUCACACCUCCCUUGAACGCGCCCUGUCGCAUUGUUCCCCAGCAAACAUCCAGACCUGCAAAGCCUGGCUGCUCCACUAUGUUGCGUCCUCAGCGAACCGUCUAGCGGGGCUGGCCAAGUACCUAGUUGCGCUCGCGGCCUCCUUGGAUAUUCCAGGCGCUCAGCCCAAAUCGUCUCCGAAGCGUCGACGACUCCACAUACUUUAUUUGCUCAAUGAUCUGUUCCACCACAGCAAGUACCAUCUAGACACGACAGCAACUUUCUCCACGGUCAGCGGGUCUCUGCAGCCACACAUGGUGGAUCUUCUCGGCCAUACAGCAGCCUACGAUAAAGAGAAGAAUCCUCGGCACCAUCGACGACUUGAGGAUUUGCUGGAUCUCUGGUCCGAGCACGGAUAUUUUAGUCCCGAUCUGAUCCAUCGACUGCGGGAGGUCAUCAAACAUUCAGCCUCCGCUGGGGCGGCCCCGCUAUCGAACGAUUUUGAGACAGAUGGUGCCGACCCUGCCAAGCUACUCGGGAGAGAUGCACCUUUUAUCAUGCCAUCUUCCCAUGGAGAUCACUCCACGCCCUACUAUGAUCUGCCGGCAGGAAACUGGCUUCCUCACUUAAUCCCGAAUUCCACCAUUCCUCUUCACCCGGAGAGCAUCAAACCAUUACAAUUCCUGGCUGGACCUGCGGACCAGACCCUUGUCAAUGCUCUUAAGGGGUUUUUGAUAGAGGUGGAUCAGAUCUAUGACACAGAGGAACUUGUCCCGGACGACGAGAAUGCCGAUAUAGAUGAGUUGGGUCAAAGAAUAACUCGAGAUGAGAUUACUGGAGAUAUCCUCGAUGGCGAAACCUACUACGGCUGGUCCCGUGAAUUCUGCCGGAAAAUGAAAAAGAAAACAUCUGGUCCUCCCAGCCGGAGCCACAGUCAAGGUCAGGGCCACAAACGCCGCUACAGUGACAGCUCCUUGAGCGAGAGCAGACGAUCAGACUCUCCGCCCCGUAACCGAUCUCGGGCCGGUCAUGAAGGUCGCCAAUACGGUUCACGGCCGCGGUCUAAAAGCCGUUCUCCACGCCGAUCCCGUAGUCGUGAAAGUUCAUACUCACCUCGGGAACCGUCCCCACCCCGAUUCCCUCCUCCCCAUCAACCCUCACACGCCCAUCCACCUCCAAGUCAUGCCAUUCCUCCUACUCCGUCUCAUGACUAUGGUCAAUAUGGGUUCUCUGCCCAACCUCCACCUCCACCUCCACCUCCACCCUAUGCGGGAGGGUGGCCACCCGCCCCACCCCCACAAAUGCCGGCCAUGCCCUUCCCCCCUGGUCCGAGCAUGAGCCACCCAGCCUUCCCUCCUGCAUUUUAUCCUCCUCAACAGAUGAAUUUGCCUCCUGGUCAGCCUAUGCCCCCUGGUCAGCCUCUUCCUCCGGGGCAAUACCGUUUCCCUCCUCCCCAUUCUGGUGGGCAACAUGGACCACCAGCGGGACGAGGUUGGCGGUAA